UUGGAAGACCGAGGAGUAGGACCUUCGUCGUCUCUUGGACAGUGGCUCGCGGUCGGUCUUCGCGUGUACAGUGUGAAGUGUAAGAUGAACAUGUUUAGUAGUUUCGCGUUGUACUGUGUUCUGUUGUUGUGUUAUAGCUCCGGGCGCUGCGUUAACGGUACAGCGGAUUCGAAAAGCCGGGACGGUGGCCAACAAACGGUGCGCAAUGGCACGGUGGCGGCGGAGACACCACCAUUGUCGGCCGCCGAACGCGUCCGACGGUUGAUCCCAUACGUGACUUAUUACAUGGUGGGCACCAGCGACGACAACGACCUCGCUCAAUUCCGCCAACAACAAAACCGAAACCCAUCGUCGACCACGGUUAGACCUCCUCUGCAGCAAGUGACGGCCGACCCCGAUUAUUUCGGCCAAAGCAACUACGACGCCGUCGCCGGCGCUGGCCAACCGCACGCCGACAGCCCGCCAAAACAACAUUACCAUUACCAACAACAACAACAACAACAACAGCAACAGCAACAACAACAACAAGGACAGUACUACCGUCAGUAUCCCGAUUACGCAUACCGGCCUCCGCCCCAGCACUUGACACCGUCAGAGUACUUGAGGUUUCCCAGUUCGCAGAAAACCCGUCGGCCCAUCGUCAUCGCCACAUCACCCGCCCCGUUGUAUGAAGUGGACACCGAACAACAGUCCUACGUUUACACGGCUCGCCCUCAACCGCAGUACACCAGUCCUAGUCCCCGUCCCAGUGCGGUGCCGCACUACGAGUACGGCGGCUUCUUGCCGACCGCGCCGCCUCCCGAACACCACCAACAAGUGGUUUACUACACCACCACGGCCAAAACGAAGAAACUCAAGCCUAAAAACAAAAGACCUACCACUACACCAACCACCACCACCAGGUUGCCGGCACUGACUUUACCGGCCUUGCCGCCUCCACCCCAGCCGCCACCUCCGGUCGUGAGCACAGACAAGUACGGGGCCCUCAACGAUCUGCUGGAAGGCUACGACCUGAGCGGACGGUUGUCCAAUAAGAUCACGGCUGACAACAUAGACUCUAACAUUCAGACCCUGUCGGCAGUACUGCAGAUCCUGCAAAAGGAGGCCGAACAACCGCAGUACAUCCCGAAAGUGCCCAAACUGAAAACCACCACGUACAAGCCGUACCAUCAGCCCCAUGACGACUACGACGACACGGGAGACGUGGGCAACCCUGGUAGACCCGGCGUGGAUUAUCCCAUACUUUCUGUCAUACCCAAAACCAACUUCGACUGCAAGACCCAGAGAUACAAAGGAUUCUUUGGCGAUCCCGACACCCAUUGCCAGGUGUGGCAUUACUGCGAUUUGAACGGCGGCCAAGCAUCGUUCCUGUGUCCAAACGGUACCAUAUUCAACCAAGUGACGCUGACCUGCGACUGGUGGUUCAACGUCAAGUGCGACACGACCGCACAGCUGUACGUGCUCAACGAGCGCCUGUACAAGUACAUCAUCCCGUCCAAGCCCAGUUUCCCGGAGGACUUCGAAGGACCUCUGGUGGACAGAUACUUGGAGGAACAGUUCCGGGAAACGGAAAAUAAGAGAACCCCGCAGAAAGAGAACGCUUCGGAAAUGAUGAUGAUGAAUACGGUGAUGAUGCUGACCACUAACACGACCACUGUCGAGCCGGACACGGUCAGGACGCCCUACCAGCAAUUGCUCGACGUCGACACAAAACGCUAGCACAUAUUGACAUGUGUACAUAUGUCUAUUUUUUAUCUAAAAGCGAGAUUACUUUAAAAACAUGAAAAUGUCAAAAAACCUAAGUCGGUUUUUGGAAAAAGCGUUAAGCCCGACCAACAAAAAUCGCCUCUCCUUCUUUAUUUAUUUUUAUCGAAAUCACCACACGCAUUUUUAAUAUCCAGAAUGUGUCAAUUGACGAACAUAAUGCAUUACAUGAAUAUGUUGUCAAACUCUCUAUUCAGCCAAAGUGCCAUUAAUACUGUGUGUAUUUGCAUCGACAAUAGUAGUAAUAGUUAACAGAACAAUGUUUGUAUAAACAUUUAUAUUGUUCAAGAGCUCAAUACAGAAUGUGCUCAAAUAUGAUAAAACUAUUUAUCAUAAUGCGCUCGACGUGCGCGUUUCGAAUUCAUAUUUAAACUGAUAUAUUAUUAUUAUAUAAAUAUUAUUAUUAUUAUUACUUAUGUACUCGUUGAGAAUAGUUACGCACGAUAAACGUUUAUUUUAUUAGAAAAUUGAAAAAGUAUAAUCAAAUAGGAUUAUAAAAUAAGCAAAAUGUUUCUUUCGUGCCAAAGCCCAAAACUAUAAAUUUACAAUAUAUAACAUAAUAUAAGCUAUAAGUGAUAAGUAAUUGAUAUACUCAAAUUAAAUAUAAUUAUACUUUAAUUAAAAUGAAGCUUUUAAAAUUAAGUUAGGGUCGUGCAAUAG